CUUUUAUUCUGUGUUUCCGCAGAUGCGGGUAUGGAGGGCGGAUGUUGCCGCAGCGGACGUGGGUGGUGCGGUCGUGGGUGGUGUUCGCGGGAGACGCGGCAGGCGGUGGUACAGCUGGUGCUGCUCUGUGUAGCUUCCUGUUCCUGGACGCUUCUGCUCAUCUCCUUAACCCUCACCUCCACCAGCGCACCUGUUCACAGGCACGUUGUGGAAGUGGUAGGUGACACUGGUCCUCAGUGGUCAGGAGGGAGUGCCGGGGCAUGUGAGGAGUGCCUGGCCAGGCGAGGACCUCCACACUCAUACUGGCGGGUGUUUGAGAGACCACUGCAGCAGGUGGUUGCUGCCUUACAUCGCCUAGACCGUCCCCUGGCACCUCCUGCACUGCGUGCUCACCUACUAGGCACCAGGACCUUGCUGCAACACCUAGCCUCAGCCCUGCACCUACGAGUCAUGGACGCGGCUGACGACGACACAGACAGACGGGAGACGGAGGCGGCGCUGCUGGCGGCGCCCGGUAAGCCGCACGGACGCCUGGCUUGCCAGGAGCGAUUCUUGGGCUCCAAAAUUGGUUAUCCGCGCUACGUGCAAGGCUUCUCUCGCGUUAACUGUUCCGCUUUGCCCCUGAGGGACGUCGUAACAGCUGUUUUGUGGGACGUAGAGCAGAAACACCUUAUGAGUCUGCUCUCCGACUUUAAUCGCAUAUAUCCCGGGCUGCCUCUUCUUGUGGUCACGGACGUUAGAGUGCAGAGUAAACAGAAUCUGGUGAUAGAGCGACCUACACCAUCAAUAGCACAAGCUAUAACAAAAGUACUGACUCGCGUGACCACGCCGUACGUGCUUCUUGCUCCGCGUUUAUCUCAGCUGAGUGGCCACUCACGCUUGGAGAGGCUGGUGUGGGUGGCCGAGUGGGCUGGGGUGUGGGCGGUGGGUGGCUCGCUGCGGGGUGUUGACGGGCGGUGGAGGGCGGGGUGCCUUCAGGCUAGGGAAAGCAAGGGACAGCUGGUGUAUGAGAGAGGUUACGACGCUUCUCUCUACGAGUGCCAAGUGUGCCACACGCUAGAGGGGCCACUGAUCAUGAAGACAGCUGCCCUGGCCACCCUACACUGGCCCAGCAGCGCCACCCCACACCCGCUGCUCCUGCCGGAACUCUUCCUGCAGGUCCAUGCAGGGGCAGCGCCGUACCAGCACGCAGCAGCAGUAUGCCCUGAUGCCAUGUUCCUCGUGGCCUCGCUGGAGCCUCCCUGGCAGGCAGCGUUGCAACCCCGCCACCAGGAGCCAGAACUGAGGCGUGUGGCGGCACUCUGGCACCCGCUGGUCAAGCAGCGGCACCUGGCCCGUCUGCAGCUGCCCUCAGGGGUCACUAUCAACUACCCAUGUGACUUUCUCCCCCCAGUGCGACCCAGAUAUACUACCCGGACGUCACCUACACCCGCUGAUAAGACCACUUCUGCAGCGUGGGCGUGCGAAGGACGUGAACUUACCACCAUACUCUCAGUAGUCUUGCAGGCGUGUGAUACACUAUAUGUCAAGUGUUUUCUGUUACAUCCGUCACUCUCAGCAGUGGUGAAUGAUAUGCCAAACCGGAGGUUGGAGCUCGGGGUGACGGACGGGGAGGUGCUACCCAAGCUGCAACACCUGGCCAACACUUCCUACUUCGGCAGCUUGCUGGAGGAUGGCAGGCUGGUGGUGGAGGGUCGGUGGUGGGAAGUGGUCAUCACCACCACACAAGAUCUCCACCAUCACCACCGCUGGACCAGGGUGGAGGUGGUAUCGGAGGUAUGGGCAUGGGCACUGCUACCUGCCAGCCAUGAGUGGAGGCUGGACGAGAUUGGGGAUGAUGACCUCCUUCUCAAGAUGAACAUCUUAGACGUGUCUGAGGCGGAGCAGCUGGCCCUGCUGACCACUCCCAGGUGUGCCCAGGGUCGUGCCUCACACUUCACUCUCAGGUCACCCUGAUCCACACCUCAGGUACUUGGAGGAGCCGGUAUUGACUGGUUAACAACCCUACCACCUGGCAACACUGUGUGUCAGAAGAUCAGUGUAUACAACCCCAUCAUCUGGCAUCACUGUGUCAGAGGACCAGCCCCCUUCCAUCUGGCAACACUGUGUGUCAGAGGACCAGUCUGUACAACUCUACCACCUGGCAACACUGUGUGUCAAACAACAAGCUUUUACAACUCGACCACCUGGCAACACUGUGUGUCAAACAACAAGCUUUUACAACUCUACCACCUGGCAACACUGUGUGUCAAGCAACAAGCUUUUACAACUCUACCACCUGGCAACACUGUGUGUCAAGCAACAAGCUUUUACAACUCUACCAACUGGCAACACUGUGUGUCAAACAACAAGCUUUUACAGCUCUACCACCUGGCAACACUGUGUGUCAAACAACAAGCUUUUACAACUCUACCACCUGGCAACACUGUGUGUCAAGCAACAAGCUUUUACAACUCUACCACCUGGCAACAGUGUGUGUCAAACAACAAGCUUUUACAACUCUACCACCUGGCAACACUGUGUGUCAAACAACAAGCUUUUACAACUCUACCACCUGGCAACACUGUGUGUCAAACAACAAGCUUUUACAACUCUACCACCUGGCAGCACUGUGUGUCAAACAAGCUUAUACAACUCUACCACCUGGCAACACUGUGUGCCAGACAAUUCGUAAAGAAACACAAUACAAGCAUCGUAAGUCAGUGAAAAAUUAAGACUGAGACUUUCUUUAUGCUUAUCAAUACUUUAUAAUAUGUAAAAUACCGUUUGUAAACUAUACAAAGAAAUCAAAAUUUUUAUUUUUUUUAUUUUGUGAGGAAGUGAGUGUGAAGGAAGACCUCAACACUGCUCUCCUUAUAAGGUUCAGUCUCGAGAGAAAUGCUGGCAGUCUGGAAUGCUGAUAGUCUGGAAUGCUGACAGUCUGGAAUGCUGGCAGUCUGAAAUGCUGGCAGUCUGGAAUGCUGGCAGUCUGGAAUGCUGACAGUCUGGAAUACUGGCAGUCUGAAAUGCUGAUAGGCUGGAAUGCUGGCACUCUGGAAUGAUGGCAGUUUGGAAUGCUGAUAGUCUGGAAUACUGACAGUCUGGAAUGCUGGCAGUCUGGAAUGCUGAUAGUAUGGAAUGCUGACAGUCUGGAAUGCUGUCAGUCUGGAAUGCUGAUAGGUUGGAAUGCUGGCAGUCUGGAAUGCUGACAGUCUGGAAUGUUGAUAGUCUGGAAUGCUGGCAGUCUGGAAUGAUGGCAGUCUGGAAUGCUGGCAGUCUGGAAUGCUGACAGUCUGGAAUGUUGAUAGUCUGGAAUGCUGGCAGUCUGGAAUGAUGGCAGUCUGGAAUGCUGAUAAUCUGGAAUGCUGACAGUCUGGAAUGCUGAUAGACUGGAAUGCUGGCAGUCUGGAAUGCUGAUAGUCUGGAAUGCUGGCAGUCUGGAAUGUUGAUAGUUUGGAAUGCUGGCAGUCUGGAAUGCUGAAAGCCUUGCCUUUGAAAACAAGUUGUGGUUCAUAAAACGUGCUAAGUGCUUGCUUGCUUGUGCAACUUUAAUCAAAACUUGAGCGAAAUGUCUGAAAUGAAGGCUCCAAGGGGGUAAAAAUGUCUUAAUCCGAGGAAUUGGAACUGGUUCAGUCCUAGCUCAUGAAAGUGAUCCUCUUUGUUGGACCAGUUGCUGUCACCCCAGGAAGAUACGAAGAUACAGUUUUGUAAACUACCUACAUCCCUUCACACGUAACUUAAAACAAGAUGGAAUAACUAAAGUGUGAUGAAUACUUGUCAGUGUUCGAUAAUAACCCAUAUGGAGACAGAAACAGAAGAUUAAUUAAUCUGUAUAUUUCUAUUUCCUUCUGGAAGUUACACUUCACCCCGUACACUUACGGGGUGAAGUGUAACCAAUAUAUAUUCUUGUUCUCAUUUAGUUUAUGUAUCUGCUGAAGAGGAUUCCAGAGGGGGGUCGAAAUACAGACCAGUUAAUCUUCUGUGAUACUCUCUCCAUGUAGGUUAUUAUUGAGCAUAAGAUUGAACGCGAGGAAUCCAAAAUCCACACAAAUAUUUUUGGAUUAUGAGGAAAUAACAGUCACAAUAUCGUGGCUGCAAUAUCUCACAUCUAACUCGCAAAUUAGAAAUGGAAGGCAUGAUGCUUCUAUUUCCAGUUCGGGGUUCGUUGUGAUUAUUAUUAUUUUUUAUGAUAUUAUUAUUAUUGUUAUUAUUAUUGUUGUUGUUAGUAGUAGUAUUUUACCAUUAUUUAUUAUUAUUAUUAUUUUUAAAAUUGUCGUUGCUUGAGAGCAAAAGUGGAAGGAAGAACCAGUGCCAAUAAAUCUGCCCUCCCAACCCGUAACUUUUUGAGAGGCAGCCAAGAAAGAUACUGAAGCAAGAAUUGGCAACACAUCCAGCUCACAUUCUGAGUGCCCGUGGUUCGAUCCCCGGCCGGAUGAAAACAUUAGGCAUGUUCCCUUAAACCUGCUACCCCUAUUCACCCAGCAGUAAGUAUGUACUUGGGUGUUAGUCGACUGUUGAGGGUCGCAUCCUAGUGGUGUUGGUAGCAUUUCUUAGAUAAGGCUGACUUGAGCUGAGGUAAGAUAACAGCUCUAGACUUUAAAAUUUAUUUGCAUAAAAAGAACUCAUAAAGGGAAUGGAUGUGGACAUGUUUCAUUAACUAAAUAGUUAUAUGCAACUUAAUGGUUGAUAACAGAGUGAGGUUAAAAGAUGUGAAGGAGGGUCUGUGUGGAAUUUAAUCCCGUUGGUUCAGUGAUGGGGCGAGUCCACUGACUGUGACACGGGUUUCAAUCCUAUACCGCCCUUCUUACACAAGUACUCACCUAAUUGUUUAUGUGUGUGUGUGUGUGUGUGUGUGUGUGUGUGUGUGUGUGUGUGUGUGAAAUAUUAAAAUAUUGUGAAAUAAAUUCUACGAAAAUAAUGCAUCAUGUCAUACAAGCGUACCGACUGUGACCUUUGUAAUACAGAGGUAAUGACUUUGUAAUACAGAGGUAAUGACUUUGUAAUACAGAGGUAAUGACUUUGUAAUACAGAGGUAAUGACUUUGUAAUACAGAGG